AAGCUAUCAUCCGCCAAUUUGAGCAGCGUUAGAGCUGUUGUUACUGUUCCAUGGCUGUGGAGCGGAUUAAGGAUAAUGACAUAGCAAGACGCCAAUUGCCCAGGAAAUCAAUCACUCGUUCAAUUGUCACGAAUGCGCUUAACAAGAUGUCUCGGCAAUUGCAAUCCCGUGGACUAGGUAGUCAACGAUGGUGAAUGGACAAAAAGGGUCUUCCGUCCUCCUCCCUGCAGCUUUGUUGUUGGAACUGGGCUCUAUCCCUACAGAACAGAAAAGAAAAGAAAAACUCAACCGAAGCGGUGACAAUCAACUUCCUCUUCACCGUCAGACACCACUGGACUCGGUAGGCAGCCAGGUGAUAUUAAAAAGUUACCAACCCUCCACACCCAGGCCAUCGGACUUCCACAACAGGAGCGCCACGUCCUCAACGCAGUCUUUAGUCCAGGAUCAGCCUCUGGACGACGCUACCACUACAGCCUGCAUUGCACCGGUCCUUCUGUUCCGCGUAAUCCGCCUCCUCGACAAAUCCUCAGCUUGCCGUGCAGAACAGAAAUGCCCUGAUACGGACAUCGAAGACUCGGUGGCGUGGGUAUCGUGUUUUGCUUCUUGCAACAUUUGGGUGGCAUUCGACAUUGAUUUCGAUUUGGUCAAAACUUUUGGCUUUGAUAAACCGAGACCCUUGCUACAAAACCUCGAGAUCCGGCCGACAUUUCCAACUGGUGUUCCAUCGUGUGCACCACUCACCGACCAUCUCCUCUUACCUCUGAUCACGUCGGUAGCCAUGAUACAAUGAAGGGGGGCGGGCUGCUUAUUCCACCGUGGUUCGAAUACCACGAGCCAAGUUGCUCUGACUGGGCCAUUGUCAGCAUCGCCUUUGGCAUGACUCUGUGUCUGGCAAUCUUUGGUCUCAUUCGUGUGGGCAUUCAAACUUAUCAUCAAUGGAAACGCGCACAAAGAAUUACAACGUAUAUGGUCUUGAUAUGGCUUGAGUUGGUCUCCAGCGCUAUUAUUGGAGGUCUUGGCUGGGGUUACGUUCGAGGAACCAUUCGUCCAGGGUUUUUGAUAUACUUCUUCAUAUUGCUCCUUUGGGUAUUUCAGAUCCAUUGCAUUAUGCAAAUCAUUGUCAACCGAAUAGCCCUCCUCCAUGUUUCACCGACCAUCGUUCGACGACUGAAAUGGGGAAUAUUUGUUAUCCUGGCACUUAUUAACAUUUCAGUCUUUUGUGUUUGGAUACCGGCUCGACUGCAAAUUAGUCAGACUUAUAUCGACAUCAACAACAUUUGGGACCGAAUCGAGAAAGGAAUUUUUGCGGUCAUCGACCUGGCUCUGAACUUCUACUUUGUCUAUCUUGUCCGGUCGUCCCUCAUAUCAUAUGGCCUAACAAAAUAUGUGGUGCUAUAUCGCUUCAACCUCGUGAUGGUAAUCGUCUCCAUCUCAAUGGAUAUUCUGAUCAUUGGUUCAAUGUCACUGCGUAAUACCUUUCUAUACGUCGAGUUUCACCCGCUUGCAUAUCUUGUCAAGCUUCAUAUCGAACUGUCCAUGGCCGAGCUCAUUGCCAAGAUAGUCAAAGCCUCCGGGCCCAACCUCGCUCCUUGUCGUUGCACUUGUCAUGACAAUCCCAACCAUACAUUCUUCCAUCAACUACAAUCUCGGCACAGUGCACCUGCAGCUCCCAGUGUGACUGCACCAACUACUGGAAGAUUCCGUCGCUCUUGGCCUAUGUCAAAUGCUACACGCAGCAGAGAGAAGCGCCGCGGAGGAGCCCGUCCACAAACUCCGUCCUUGACCAAGAAGAUGGUUUCAAAGAAGCGACAAAGUACUGAAGAUCAGCCGAAACAGGAAGCCUGGAAAUCUGACACCAAUACCGGUACAGACUGCGCCUCACACCACUUGCCGAGUUCUACAGGACAAUCGAACGAAAAUUCACACGAUCAUAAUGACUGAAGCCAUAACGGAAAAUCGCGUAAGCGAGCAUCGUCCCCGUGUCUCUGAACGUUCUACCCUAUAAGGCCAAAUCAGAUAGUCAUGUCUUCAGAGGGUUCAGAAGAUAUCAGCAUGAAAAGCUCAAGAAGGACCCAGGAAAGACUGAGGGACCUGAACCGCCCUUUCUAUAGACGCUGUCUAAGAGGUCGAUUGACCUCGAUGAGUCUUCAACACUUUGGGUCCGUACAAAAGUCGGCCCCCACCGAGCAACUACCGGCGCACUCUGCCCUUCUUUGUGGUCUCCACCUCGGCGAGCCUGAUGAGGUAUUGCUGGGGAUGUUGAGGGGAUGCUCUCUGAUGCCAUAAUCGGCGCAGGAGCCUACAGACUUCGGGCGAUGGCCGAAUGUUGAACGAUCGAUAACAACUAUCAGCUGGGGAGAUGAUGUUCAUCCACGACCUCAGUAUGUUCUCCCCAGUCGUUCUCCCGAUUUACUGUACUGGUAGAUCAUCGUCCCACCCAUGAGUUAAGGAAACCCAAAUCUUGUGUUUUGUGAGGGCAGUAACGAGGAAUCCUAGCGAUGAGCCGGGACACAAUAGCAUCCUAAACAGGGAAUCACAAAAUCAAGCAUUCCAUGCCAAGCAUUGCCACAAUAGUUUAAACUUGUCCUCAGCCACGCAUUGCUCAACCUCAGUUCAAUCAAUGGAAAAUUGCUCUCAUAUCUAGCCAUCAUGAGUUUGUAAUUCGUUUUGUUCAUGUGUUUCGAUGUCACUUUCAUAGAGACGCUAAUCAUUAUCCAGCCUGAUCCGCUAUCAGACAAAUAGCAAAGAACGCCGUUGAUCCUGUACAGAGCCGUACCGAAGCCCUAUCAUUGUGUCUUCCGUGACACUAUGCCGUGUAUGUUUUUGUUCUCGAACCCUAAGUUCCUGCGGAUAUUGUACGAGCUCCCCUUUUCAUAGCAGUAGUCAUAGAAUGCUCCUCAAAAAUGCUUUGCCGUG